AUGGUUAAACGUAUUCUAAGUCAUCAUAAUAUUCAUACGGCCGAUCAUCAAAAAAAUAAUAUGACACGAAGACAUUCAUUUGAAGAUACUUCUUUAACAGAUAAUCGUGCAACUUCAGCACCUAUGAUACAUAAUGAUACAUCAAUAGAAGAUGAAUAUCAUCAUCAUAAUUCAAAAAAAAAACAUAGUGUGACAAUUGUUGAUGUCGGUACAACAGAAUUAGCAAUGAAUAAAUCAAAUGAACAACAAACAGAAAUACGUGAACAAUGGAGUGAAAAACUUGAUUUUCUUUUAUCUAUUAUCGGUUUUGCUGUUGAUCUUGCUAAUAUAUGGCGUUUUCCAUAUUUAUGCUAUAAAAAUGGUGGAGGUGCCUUUCUUAUUCCUUAUGUUCUUUCAGUUGUACUCGGUGGUAUGCCUUUAUUUUAUUUGGAGCUUUUACUUGGACAAUAUUAUCGACAAGGUGCAAUAACAUGUUGGAGAAAAAUAUGUCCAUUAUUAGCUGGAAUCGGUUGGGCUGUAACUAUAAUUGCAUUCUAUACUGAUUUUUAUUAUAAUGUGGUCAUAUCAUGGGGUCUUUAUUAUUUAUUUGCUUCAUUCAGGAAAAUUUUACCAUGGAGUGAAUGUAAUCAUCGAUGGAAUACACCAGAUUGUUCAACAGUUAAUACACGACGUCAAUUUUUAAAGGAUUGUAUUAAUCAAUUUAAUACGACAUUAAAUAAUACAAUAGAUUUAUCAUCAAUAAAUUCUAAUGAACAACAUUCAUUUGAAACAAGUUUAUUUUAUGAAAAUUGUUCAGAAAAAUUAACACAAUUAAAAAUCGUUUCACCUGCACAAGAAUAUUUUCAUUUACAAGUCUAUCGUCUAAAUCAAACACAUAAUCUUAGUUUAGAAAAUUUAGGUAAUAUUAAUUGGCAAAAUUUGGGUUGUCUUGCAAUAAUUUAUCUUAUUUGCUAUUUUUCAAUGUGGAAAGGUGUUAAAACAUCCGGCAAAGUUGUUUGGUUUACUGCACUAUUUCCUUAUGUUGUAUUAACAAUUUUAAUGAUACGUGGUCUUUUUUUAAAUGGUUCAAUGAAAGGUAUCGAAUAUUAUAUACGUCCAGAUUUAAGUAAACUUAAUGAUCCAUCUGUAUGGGUUGAUGCAGCAUCACAAACAUUUUUUUCAUUGGGACCUGGUUUUGGUGUUUUAAUGGCAUUUGCAAGUUAUAACGAUUUUCAUCAUAAUGUUUUUAGAGAUGCAAUGAUAACUGUAGCAGUUAAUAGUUUAACAAGUUUUGCAAGUGGUUUUGUAAUUUUUAUGUUUUUGGGUUAUAUGAGUGAAGUAUCUGGACGAGCUAUAAAAGAUGUAGCUGAACAAGGAUCAACACUUGUUUUUAUUGUCUAUCCAGAAGCUAUUGCAACAAUGCCAUGGGCACCGGUUUGGGCUAUAUUCUUUUUUUUAAUGUUAUUAACACUUGGUUUAGAUUCAUCAUUUGGUGGAAGUGAAGCAAUAAUAACAGCAUUGAGUGAUGAAUUUCCUGUAUUACGACGUCAUCGAGAAUGGUUUGUUGGAAUUUUAUUUUUGUUCUAUUUUCUUAUUGGUAUUCCAAGUUGUACUGAUGCAGGUGUUUAUUUUGUUGAAUUAUUACAAAAUUAUGCUGCAUUUUAUUCGAUUAUUAUUGCGGUCUUUUUUGAAGCAAUAGCUGUGUCAUGGCUUUAUGGAAUAACACGUAUAAGUGAAGAUGUUAAACAAAUGCUUGGAACGAAACCUGGAAAAUUUUGGCUUGGAACAUGGUGUAUUGCUUCACCUUUAUUUCUUGGAGGAAUUAUUCUUUCGGGUUUAAUCCAUUAUAUUAAUCCAACAUAUGGAAAAUUAACUGAUCCAUUUUAUUAUAAGUAUCCCGAUUGGAGUCAUUUACUUGGUUGGAUGUUUGCAUUAUCAUCAAUUAUAUUUAUACCAGCUGUUGCUAUUUAUCAAUUAUUAAUUGAACAAGGAAGUUUUGUAAUGAGAUUUCGUUUGGCAAUAACACCAUGGAAAGAACGACAAAGAAAUCAAAAUCCUGAUAUAAUAAUUAGUACAAAUCAUGUAUUGAAAAAAUAUGUUUCUGAAGAGACGAUUUAA